GGGUGUAGGAUGUUCACGUUUUUAUUUUAGUAAUAAAAAUUGUUACUCUGAUGAUUCAGCUACAAGGUCAGUGUGUGUAUUAUGGACAACACAGGGUAUGGAAACUUCAUGUUAUGGGACAGGGAAUGCAUAGAAAUUCUGGGUAAAACUUCAGCAAGUCUUAAAGCCGAGGUGGAGAAGAAAACCGGGGAUCCAAGUCGCUUUCCGGAAGACAUUGAAAACUUGGUUGAUAUAAAGGGAAUUUUCAAAAUACAGCUCAGGAAGAAGAAAGGUGAGGAAAAUGCCUAUAAUGAUGGGAUUUCUCUAGGGGUAGUCAGCAUCAUAAGAGAUCCUAAUGUUAUCUCAAUGUAUGAGAAGAAAGAGCACUUGGAAACUAAUGAAAUUGAUGAGAGUACACCAGAAAAGAUUGGUUCAAAUGCAAAUUUAGGAGAAACCUCCAUCAGAGAAAAAUCAACUGUCAGUAAGGGCAAGGGGAAACGAAUUUCGGCAGAAAAGGAGGUUUCUGCACCAAUUGAGCUUCCCGACACACCUACGGAAUGUACCCAAAGGGAGGUCAAUGUUGAAUUAAAUGAAGAGGUCAAAAGAAACUUGAAUGAUGAAUUUUCAAG